AUGGCUUCAUCUACUCCAAAAUGGCUGCUGGUCGGUGGUUUUCUCAUAGCGACUCUCGCCACCAUCACUUACCGGGAAGCGUGGGCGGAGGGAAUUCGGGCUGUGGAUGCCAUGGAGGCAAUCAACUCUGGGAGACAGCAAUUCUUACAGGGGCUUAGGGGGGCCUUAGCUGCUGUAGCUGCUCAAAAAGAUAAUCUGGUAGAGGAAUUACUUGCUGAUGUUGAAGAUGAGGAAGAAGAGGUGGUGGAGAAAAUUGAAGAGGAGUUGGGUGUCUUAGAUCCUCCUAAUGUUAAAACAGUCGAUAUACGCCUACCCAAUGCAGAUAUACCAGAGACCGGAACCACACUAUGCACAUCUACGUCAUUAACAGAGGCUCUCCAAGAUAUCGUUGGUUUCAGCCCACUGAUCAACCAAGACGCUGUCAUACAUAUGGAGCUCUACGGCUGUCCGGACGAAGCGGCUAGUACAAAAGACUACUGGUCAUGUAAUACUAAAAACACAAGUGGUAUAUGCCAAGGACCGAUCGCCAUGAUGUUCCAAUGGUCACGGGAUCGAUGUGAUAACUAUCUAGCCAUGGGAGAUGCUAUCACCGUAGGUGGCGCUUUCAUGCACAAUGUGGUUCUAAUGGUUCAGUACAAGAAAGGUGGUUUUGCUGAUGACUCUGGUCUCGCGCUUAAGAUAAUGCCUUCUAGUGAUGAGGAUAAAGGCGUCAUCAAGGCGGUUGAGUACUACUCCGAAGCACUUAAGGACCCGAAAUGCGAAACAGAAUCAUCCAAAUCCAACGAACUCGACAAUGAACUGAACAAUGAACUUGACAACGACGUUGCAUUAAGCAGCAGCUCAUCCCUAGCCAUUGAAGAACCGAUUGGGAGUGAGUACUCGACUAUUGAUUACCUACAGUCGAUCUUAGAGGCGAAUUCAGAGUGGAUGAGUAGUAGUGAACCACGGCUCGAUUACGGUGUCGACGGCUCUGUUAUGCAAUCAUCUUAUAAUGAAGGUUCGUACAUCGACAACGCACUCAACGAGAAUUCAGACUACUCACACUCUUCAGAUUGGGCUCUGAAGCUACAGGAGCUGUGGGACUCUGCAAGCGCCUUGGCCUAUGGUAUGAUACUCCGUGGCUGGUGGCCUCGUGAAGAUGAUAGAGUAAUUGGUCAAGUAGCUGGUAUUGAUACAGAUUCUACUGGUCAUUUAUCAUUAUUACAUCGUGGUAAUAGGAGAUGGGAAAAUGGUAACUUUGACGAGGAUGACAAAUUCUUGCUGGAGGAACCUAUUUCAGAUGAACUUGUUUUGACCCUUGAUCCGGCUACUGGAAAUGUUCUUAACUCAUGGGGAAGUGACAUUUUCUACAUGCCACAUGGCUUGUACAUUGACACAGAAGAUAAUAAAUGGAUUACAGAUGUAGCCUUGCAUCAAGUCUUCAAGUUUUCUCCCGGAUCUGAAGAACCAUCUAUGACUUUAGGAAAGGCGUUUGAACCUGGUCAAGAUUGGAAUCAUUUCUGUAAACCUACAGAUGUAGCCGUUGAUAGCAGGACUGGAGAUGUCUAUGUCGCUGAUGGAUACUGUAAUAAUCGGAUUCUCAAGUUCAGUUCAAAUGGAACAGCAAUACUAGAGAUUACAGCAGGGAUCAUACCUGGAGAAAAUCUACCAGAAUGGUCACCGCUGAGGAAACUACAGAUCCCCCACAGUCUUGCUCUGAUUGAAGCACGUGAUAUCAUAUGUGUAGCUGAUCGUGAAAAUGCCCGGAUUCAGUGCUUCAAUCUAACCAAUGGCGAGUUAGAAAGACAGAUCGCAUCACCGAUGUUUGGAAAACAACUAUUUGCUAUUUCUUACAACAGUGAACAAGAUGUAUUGUACACUGUGAAUGGACCCAAUGAAGAAGUAGGGGUGCCACCCCUCGCAUUCACUGUGGAUCUUGAAACUGGUGAAAUAUUGAGCACAUGGGACCCCUACCCUAAGGCAUUUGGAGUGGUACAUGAUAUCGCCACAUAUUCUCCCGAUGGGUCCGUGUACAUGGCUGAUAUUGGACUUGAUCGAGUCUGGAAGUUUGAGACUACAUCAAGCAGUCUUAACAAUGAGAUCUAAGAUCAAAUAUAUCACUACAAAUUAUCAAAGUUUUAAGAGUUAUAUACAGAGAUGAAAUAUAGUUUUAUGACUUGGCAUAAAGCGUGGUUAAGCAUACAUUAUAAGAUCCAUUAAAGUGUAAUUAAAAAUAAUUAUAUAGGCCUAGGUUCUCCUUACAUGACUAAUAACCAUCCAGAGGCUUGCUGCGUGAAGUCAAUGGAUUUGAAUAUUCACCUCUGAUUGGCUAAAAACCAAGCUGUGAUUGAUUCUACAUUCAAAUGCAUAGUUUGUGCAACACGCCUCAUGUGAUCAAGAAACACACGGGUAGACAAUUAAAAUUGUCAGAAAAUAGAUAAUGACAUAAUGUCGAUAUGCUGGUGAUAAGUUUGUGCACAAAAUUCAUAAUAUUGAUAUACCAUCAUUUUCAAAGUAACAUUCCAGCGAUUUAUUUAGAAUGUAGUAUUUUCGUCAUCUCAAAUAAUAAGGGGUAUGUUAUACGAACACAAGAAAAGCCAAGGGCGUAAAUAAUUUAUACUUAAUGUGCUUUAAGAAAAAGCAAGUGAAUCCCUCGACAAUUUAUACCAAAAAAAGUUAUUCAAACCGAAUUAAUCAUCUGACAAAAUUUAGUUUUAUGGUUCAAAAAUGAAAAAAUUCAGUACUCAUGUGAUUUUUUUUAAUUAUUAUUUUGAUAUAUACUCGAUUUGAAUGAAGUUCGAAGCUUUAUACAUUUCCCGUCCAAUCAUCAUAAAUUGAAUACCUUGAAGUAGAUUUGUUAUUCUUCAAUCUUCCUUCUCAUAAAGCAAUUCUUUAUUUUUUUUUUUUUCGAAGUGCCGCGAGUAAUGAUGUGCAAUGUUUGAUAAAGUUUUCACAGCUAGCUCUGGCAUGCACAUUGACAAAAAAAUACGAAACGAUAAGACCAACAAAAUAUAAACAUCUGCCGAUUGCAGAAGAAAACUUAAUUCUACUUGUAAAUAUUACUUGAUUUGAUAGUGAGAUUUAAAAUUUACUUACAAAAAGUUGUUGAAUAACAAUCAUCCUCAAGAUAACAAAAUUCAUUGUCAUCAUGGUGCAAGCAAAAAAAUACAAGUUUGAUUAAGAUCUGGUGUUUCAAGGCUUGUUUACUUUUAUCAACUUACUGAUCAGUUAAGAAGAUAAGCAUAUAAUGUGUGCUUAUAAUUGUAAAUAUAAAUUACAGAAAAGAUAUCUUGAAAAUGGGUAGAAUAUCGUAUUCAAAAGGGGAACUUUAAAUCAACAGUGUACAGCGCCAUGAAUUAUAUAUAGCCUUUUAGCUUUUGAAUGCAAUUUGCUUAGACAAAAACCUUGUUGUAGAUAGAUUAAGCUGGCUCAGUCAUUUUAUUUACGAUUAUGAUAUGGGAAAUAGUUCACAAACAUGUUAAAUGCCUUAUUUGAUCAGUUGUACUACACUGUAGUGAAUGGUUUGUUCGAGAUUGGAAUUCAUUGCAAAACCACACAAAACUUGCUGUAAUAUUUUAUUUUGUUUAUUUUUAUUAUAAUUCUUAUUUUCUUUUUGUUCAGUGUUUAGAUACGAAAACAAUAAACUAUUUUGUCUUUUUUUAACGAAACGAAUUUUGCUUGAAAAAAGACGGGUUUAUUUCGACUGGUUUUGCAUGUGUUUACGCUAUAUACAAUAGCCAUGAUAGUAUUCAUACAUGUUGUGUAUGAUAAUCAUUAUCGUGUACAUGGUGUAUUAGUGUAUUUGCUUCAUUUUGUCUAAGUGCACCUUUUAUUUUUAUUUCAGUUUGCGAUAUUUGUGGAAAGUGAUGUAUAAAUUUGAGUUUGAUUAUGUAAUAAAGUCGCAGAGAGAUAUAUA